AUGCUCUCCUUCAAGGCGUUCCUCGCUUUCGCUGUACUUGCGACCGCCGUGACCGCUCUCGCCAUCCCCAGGGCAGCGGCCGACGUGAUCGCGCCUGCCGUCACGCAUCCCACCGCGGGCACCGUCUGGCACGUCGGUGCGCUCGAGACGGUCACUUGGGACACCUCCAGCGUCCCCGCAUGGUCGGAGAACACCGGCGUCCUCCUGCUCGGCUUCGUCGAGGCUGACGAUCCAUCGGGGAAUGAGCACCUCGACGUCGACCACCCGCUUGCUGCCGGGUUCAGGCUCGCAGAUGGUGCCGUCAAAGUGACUGUCCCGGACGUAGUCCCUCGUGACGAUUAUGUCGUUGCUUUGAUCGGCGACAGCGGUGACGUCUCUGGGAUGUUUAUCAUCGUGCCCUGA